CGUAACGUUAUUUGUCUUCUUUUUUUAUUAGUUCAUUGAAGUAUUGGUUAUUAAAGGCCCUAGACUUAUGCAUUGCAUAUAAUGUAUACCCUGACAUCACCGAAAUCUUCCAUUAUUGUAAAAUCACUAAAUCAAACUAAUAAGGGGCGGGACCCGCUCUAUUUUUAGCAAAUCAGAUUACGCAGGAUUCCUGGCAAUCACUUUACAUGGACAGAAAUUCAAGAUAACAGAUUGGCUGGCACUGGAAGGCGUGGUGGUUAAUUAUUUAUCAGAUAUUUGUUAUGAAAGGACUUUCUUUCCGUAAACACUGACAGCAGAGCUUUCAUGUGAAGCGAACUCAUGACUUGCGUUACAAUAACUGGAUUUGGAGUGGGCUUGUAGAUCAGAGACUGAGCCUGAGUGAAUCCGCUGCGUUUACUUCAUCGCCUCGAUGGUCAAGUUUGACUGGUCAUCAUGAUGCUUUCACUCCUCGUUGGGCCAGAGGGAGCAUGUGGGAGUCACAUGAGUGCGGGAGAUGAGCAGUAAACAGGCCGCCCUAGCAUGAACAGCACCACUCAGCCUCCUCACUCCGUCAACGGAGACGCGGCCGUGGGCUACGUGCUCGUGCCCUUCUUCCUCAUCACCGCCAUCGGGAUGGUGGCCGCAGCGGUGAUGUACAUAAGGAGGAAACGCAGGAUCGACAGACUCCGGCAUCAGCUUCUUCCAGUCUACACGUAUGACCCGACAGAAGAGCUGAACGAGGCUGAGCAGGAGAUCCUGUGGAAGGAGGAGGACACGAAGGUUGUCCAGGGUUGGAUGAGGACCUACCAACAGCGUAGACCACUGCUGCCGAAGGAUCCUGAUGCAUGAAAAUGAAAAAGAUUCACUGGAUGGACGUUUCUGAGCAAUAAACUACUGUGUUUGCCCAAUGAAGAUGGGUUGAGGAGAGCUUUAGUGAUGUGGCAGAUCUGGAACCUCAGGUCUCCUCUCGCUCAACAUGAAGUGCAGCUGUGCUUUUCUGAAUGGAGGAGGCUGAUUCGCCGCUGUGGCGAUUAUAUUUAUUUGGGUUUUAUGUAUUCUGCUGAUGUUCUGUGCUAUUAAAUCCUCAUGAAAGAUGA